UUGAGCAUGGCAGCUGCGACAGUCUUCGAUUCCGUUCUAUUCGGAAACAUUUUUGGCACCGAGGAGGUGCGCGAGUGUUUCUCCGAGCGCUCUUACGUGUCUCGCAUGAUCGAGGCUGAAUGCGCCCUCGCUCAGGCAGAAGAACAGGAGGGUGUCAUCCCAGCUGGCGUUUCUUCAGUCAUUCGUGAGCACAGCGAUGUUUCCAAGAUCGACUGGCAGCGAUUAGCAGCCAGGACUGAGAUUGUAGGCUACCCAGUGCUUCCGCUCGUGGAGCAAAUGUCCAAAUGGGUCCCGGACUCAGAAUCUGGAUACAUACACUGGGGUGCGACGACCCAAGAUGUCAUGGACCUUGCCUCAACACUCCAAUGCAAGUCCGGCCUCGUCAUUGUCGAACGCCUCCUCCGAUCUGUGGUAACAACACUCGAGAACAUGGCUGCCAGAUACCGAGACAGUCCCAUGGCAGGUCGCACCCAUCUCCAACACGCAUUGCCUAUCACGUUCGGUUAUAAAUGCGCAGUCUGGCUUGCUGGCCUUCACAGACAUGUAGAGCGCCUCGAGCAGCUCAAGGAGAGAUGUUUAAUGGUACAAUUUGGUGGUGCUGCAGGCACUUUGGCAUCUCUUGGUAGCUCAGAUGCUGGAAUCCGAGUGCGAAAUACUCUCGCAAAGAUCCUCGGCCUGAGAGACCCUAUAGUAACCUGGCACGUCACACGAGACUCCGUUGCUGAGAUUGUCAACUUUCUCGCGCUGGUUGGGGGCACACUAGGCAAGAUUGCCAUGGAUCUCAUUAUCAUGUCUUCCAACGAGCUCAACGAGGUUGCCGAGCCAUAUGUCCCACACCGAGGAGCUUCAUCUACGAUGCCGCAAAAAAGAAAUCCAAUCAGCAGCGAAGUCAUACUAGCACAAUCUAAGAUCCUGCGCGCCCAGGCAGGUCUUGUUCUCGACGGCAUGAUCGCCGAUUUUGAGCGAGCCUCGGGGCCCUGGCACCUUGAAUGGGCAGCUAUUCCCACGGCUUUCAUCUCCGCAGUCGGCGCACUGCACCAAGCAGACUUUGCUCUGUCAGGGCUGCAGGUCAACACCGAUGCUAUGCUCACUAAUCUCGACUCUACACGAGGACUGAUCGUGGCCGAAGCCGUGAUGAUGGGCCUUGCCAAGUAUAUUGGGCGACAGGAAGCUCAUGAAGUGGUAUACCGCGCAUGCGUUGCAGCAGUAGAAGAGAACUGCUCGUUGCUGGAAGCUCUGAAUAAGAAUACCCAAGUAACGAGCCACAUAGUUUCAGCUCAAAUAGCCGAGCUGUGUGAUACUACGAAAUACUUGGGCUGUUGCCAGCUUAUGGUUGAUGAGCUUCUCGCAGCCAAGGUGCCAGAGGCGCCGAGCAAAACGAACGGUCAUCUUACAAAUGGCCAUUCAAAGGUUGAAAAGUCACAGUUGAAUGAGGCAUAG